GCUGUUGUUUUUUGCGUCUCCAGGGAACCCCAACACAAACCAGCCUGAGGUGCGGCCUCAGGCGGAUGUUUGAUGGGUGGCGAAGGCGUUCUCGGGACCUGCUGGGACUUUAGAGGACCCCCGGUCCUGGUGCAGAGAGCCUCUUAAGAGACUUGGAGAACCAGUUUAGAGUUCAGGUUACCCACCAGGAUAAUUUGACAAUGAGCAACCGGCGGAAACAUGCCCCACCAGUGAGAGCAGAUGAGGAAAGGCGGCGGCAGCGUUGUUGGAACAUGCACGAGGACAGAAGGAAUGAGCCUCUCACCUUGACUGAUGACGAGGAGCUCCCCUGCCUUGGUCUACAAUCCCCCUCUGCUCAUUGCAUCAUCCUAGAUGAUGAUCUAAAGGAUGAAUUGUCUCCCAGAGAUAAGUUUUUAGAGCUAGAGAGCAUCUCAAAAUCAGUCGAUAAGGAAGAUACUAGUGGCCUUUAUUCCCCUUUGUCGAUAAGGCUAAAUAUUGUGAUUUCUCCCUAUCACUUUGAUAAUUCUUGGAAAGCAUUACUAGGAGAAUUAACUCUUCAGCUUCUUUCUGAACAGAGUUUAAUUGAAAAUUUUUCUGAAAGGAGUUUUACACUUACGAAUUUAGAGUCGAGCAAUCAGUUCCUGAUCUAUAUUCAUUCAAAAUACAAAGAUGUAGAGAAACAAGAAAAAGGACUCAGCGAGCCAAUUAGUCUUUGUGACAAGGGUAUUCGAGUCAAAUCAUCCUUCAGUGAUGAAAUGUUUGAAGAUCUGGGAUGGCUGCAAAAGAAGAGAAGAAUAAAACUUUAUCAGAAACCAGAAGGAAAUCACAUUAUCAAGGUUGGAAUUUAUCUUUUGGAAGAUGGCCUAGCGAAACUAGAUUUUUUGAGUGAUACAAAUUCAAGAAUGAAGAAGUUCAAUCAGCUCAUGAAGAGAGUGAUGGAAAAGUUGUACAAUUUUAUUAUUCCAGAUGUGUUGGAAGAGGAUGAAGAUGAUUCAGAGAGUGAGCCAGAGGGACAAAACAUUGAUAAGCUCUAUCAGUUUGUGAAGCAAAUACAUCAGCGAGAAUCACAGUCCAUCCAAGUGGAUGUCCAGCAUCCUGCGCUAAUGCCUGUGUUGAGACCAUACCAAAGAGAGGCCGUCAGUUGGAUGCUACAACAAGAGCAUUUUUGCAGAAGCGUUCCUACUGGUGAAAAUGCCUUGCACUUCUUAUGGCGAGAGAUUGUUACAUCUGAGGGUUUGAAACUCUACUACAAUCCAUAUACUGGCUGCAUUAUGCGUGAGUACCCAAAUGCUGGGCCACAGUUGCUUGGUGGAAUCUUAGCAGAUGAAAUGGGUCUUGGAAAGACAGUGGAGGUUUUGGCUCUGAUUCUGACUCAUACUCGACAAGAUGUCAAACAAGAUCCUCUCACUCUUCCUGAGGGAAAAGUGGUGAAUUAUUUCAUUCCAUCACAUUAUUCUAGAGGAAAAGUAGAUAACACAGAAACCCGGAAUAUGGAAUUUAGACCAAAUGAAAAAGUUCAGUGUCCCCCUACACGUGUGAUGAUCCUGACAGCUGUGAAAGAAAUGAAUGGGAAAAAAGGUGUUUCCAUGCUUUCCAUCUAUAAGUAUGUCAGUUCUGUAUAUAGGUAUGAUGUUCACCGGAACAGAAGUCUUCUGAGACGGAUGCUGAAGUGUUUAAUUUUUGAAGGUCUUGUGAAACAGAUCAAAGGCCACGGUUUUUCUGGAACUUUUACACUGGGGAAGAAUUAUAAGGAAGAGAAGGUAUCUGAUAAAGCAAAAAAGCAGGCAGUAGGUAGUCCAAGGAAAAUUCAAAAAGAAUCCAGAAAAUCAGGAAGCAAAGACACAGAUUCUGAAUACUUCCCCUCAGACUCUUCUGAUGAUGAUGAUGAUCCUUAUCAUUACUAUAAGCCCAAGAAAAAUCGUAGUAAAUUGAGGAAAAAUCUUGUUCCCUCUGCAAAAGCGAGAAAAAGUCAGCCUAACAUAGAUCUCAAUUCACAAAAUCACUGUCCAGCUACCAGUGACUCUGGAAUUACUGAUGUUACCAUAUCUGAAAACACAUGUAUCUUUGAAGUGAAGCACGAACAUGCAACAGAGGGCCAAGGUGGGUCUCCACACCCUGUUGGUGGCAGUGUGCCACAUGCUAAUAUCAUGAGUCCUUUUAAUUCCCCUGAUUAUCGCUUUGAGUGCAUAUGUGGUGAACCUGACCAGCGAGACCAUAAGCUGCGUAUUCAGUGCCUGAAAUGCCACCUGUGGCAACAUGCAAAAUGUGUGAAUUAUGAAGAGAAGAAUCUGAAGAUUAAGCCUUUUUAUUGCCCCCACUGCUUGGUUGCAAUGGAGCCAGUAUCAUCAAGAGCAACUCUGAUCAUCUCUCCCAGCUGCAUCUGUCAUCAAUGGAUAGAUGAAAUACGCAAGCACGUGAGGUCAUCAUCUCUUCGUGUAUUGGUAUAUCAAGGAGUGAAAAAAGAUGGCUUUUUACAACCUCAGUUUUUGGCAGAACAGGAUAUAGUUAUCAUUACCUAUGAUGUCCUUCGUUCAGAACUAAACUAUGCAGAUAUCCCACACAGCAGUAGUGAGGAUGGGCAUUGGCUACGGAACCAGAAGCGCUAUAUGGCUAUUCCCAGUCCACUCGUAGCCGUGGAAUGGUGGAGGAUCUGCCUUGAUGAAGCUCAGAUGGUUGAAUGUCCUGCCAUAAAAGCUGCAGAAAUGGCUCAACGCUUGAGAGGGAUUAAUCGCUGGUGCAUCAGUGGCACUCCAGUGCAGAGAGGAUUGGACGGUAAUACAUGGUUUCCUCACGUAUUGCAUAUCCUCGAAAAGCUUAAGUUUUCUGAAGAAAAAAAGAGAUUUAUGAAGUCACUACGGAGAAAGGGGGCGGGGCGGGCGGGGCGGGCGGGGCGCCCCGACGUACGCGUUCAUCUUGACCCCACGUUCCAGAGCGCGCCCGGUAGUCAGGAGCUGUUGUUUUCUGCGUCUCCAGGGAACCCCAACACAAACCAGCCUGAGGCGCGGCCUCAGGCGUAUGUUGGAUGGGUGGCGAAGGCGUUCUCGGGACCUGCUGGGACUUUAGAGGACCCCCGGUCCUGGUGCAGAGAGCCUCUUAAGAAACUUGAGAACCAGUUUAGGUAG